GGCCUGGAGCUCGGCUCCGCCCUGGACUUCGAGUACACCCAGAUCUGCGACCAGAUCGAGGGCGUGGACGACGUGAGGGAGUUCUCCGACGUGGUGGCAUGCAUGGCCAGCCUGGGCUUCUCUGGCGAGGAGCGCGAGUCUGCCCUCCGCAUCGUGGCCGGCGUGCUGCACCUCGGCAACCUGAGCUUUUCGCCCUGCUCCCGCGACAACCAGGACGGCGUGGCCAUCUCCGACGGGCAGCAGGCGGCCCUCAUCUGCACGCUGUUCGGGCUGCAGGAGGAGCAGCUGCGCGGGACCAUGGAGAAUCACACGCUCGUGGACCCCCUCACGAAGAAGACCAUCCACAGGCCACACGACCUGAAGAGCGCCUCCUUCACCCGGCACUCGAUGGCCAAGGUCGUGUACGCCAGGCUGUUCGACUGGCUCGUGUGGCGCAUCAACGAGAGCAUGUCGAGAGAUCAUGGGAAAGCCAGGAAGGACCUGAAGCGCAUCGGACUGCUCGACAUCUACGGCUUCGAGGUGUUCGACUGCAAUUCGUUCGAGCAGCUGUGCAUCAAUUUCGCGAACGAGAAAUUGCAGUGCCACUUCAACAAGCACAUGUUCACUCUGGAGCAGGAGUUGUACAGCAGCGAGGGCAUCACCUGGAGCCACAUCACAUUCCAGGACAACCAGCCGAUCAUCGACACCCUGGACAAGAAGCCGCUCGGGCUCUUUUGCCUGGUAGACUCCGAGUGCAUGAUGCCUAGCGCAACCGACACGACCCUGCUCGGGAAGGUCCACAACACGUUCAAAAACUCCAGGAUAGUGUACAAGCCCUCCAAGUUCGCAUCGCCAGAGUUCGCGGUAGCGCACUACGCCGGGGAGGUCGUGUACAACGUGGAUACGUUCUUGGAGAAGAACACGGACAAGUUGGGCGCAGACGUGGUGAAUUUGUUCAAGGACUGA